GCAGCCGCAGCCGCGAUGCCGGUGCGGCCCUGCCUGUCCCGCAGGCUCCGCUGCCCGGCUCGGGAAUGCCGGGCACGGGAGGGGCCGUGGCAGGGCCCUCACUCACCCGAGGCUCCGCAGCGGGCAGGCGGGAUGCCGGAGCUGCUGGCGGAGCUGCAGGAGGCCGUGGGCUCCCAGCUGGGUGUCACUCAGGCCCAGGCAGGCUCCGGGGAGCUGCGUCUGGUGGGCGGCGGCGGCGGGCGCUGUGCCGGGCGCGUGGAGGUGAAGCACGGCGGUGAGUGGGGCUCCGUGUGCGUCUUCGACUACGACGUGGAAGCUCUCUGGGCCGUGGUGGUGUGCCGGCAGCUGGGCUGUGGCCGGGUGGCCAGCUCGUCCCCGUACGCCCCGUUCGGGCAGGGCAGUGGGCGGAUCUGGCUGCAGCCCUUCUACUGCCGAGGCGCCGAGGAUACGCUGGAGGAGUGUCGGCACUUCGGAUGGGGACGGCACUUCUGCGGCCACGAGCGGGACGUGGGAGUGACCUGCACAGAUGCCGUGGAGCUGAGGCUGGCGGGCGGCAGCAGUGCCUGUGCUGGGAGGGUGGAGGUGAAGCUGCAGGGACAGUGGGGCUCGGUGGGCGACAACGACUGGGACAUGGAGGACGCCGAGGUGGUUUGCCAGCAGCUGGGCUGUGGCUCGGCUUCCGGUGCCUACUACGCCCGUGACACCUUCGGUUUAGAGGGCUGGCUCGUCAGCCUGGUCCAGGUGGACUGCAGUGGGAACGAGGCCACACUUUGGGACUGCAAGAUCCGUAGCUGGGGACUCUAUAACAGCAGCGUCCAUUAUUGGGACGCUGCCGUUGUCUGCCAAGGGUUCUCCCGGCUAGUCGGAGGUGAUGGAGCCUGUGCCGGGCGUCUGGAGGUGCGUCAGGGCCGGGCCUGGGUCGGUGUCUGUGAGGAUCAGGUGGACAUGAAGGCGGCCCAGGUGGUGUGCAGGGAGCUGGGCUGCGGUGAGGCGCUCGCCAUCCCUGGCCGUGCUGGAUUUGGGAGAGGAUCAGGAUCAUUCUUGGACAGGGGCUUCCAGUGCAAUGGCAGCGAGCCCCUCCUCAGUGCCUGUGCCCGGCGUCCGGCCCACAGGCAGGGCUGCACCGGCCCUGCCAGCGUCACCUGCUCGUCCUACACGGGCUUCCGGCUGGGCAACAGCAGCUCGGGAUGCUCCGGGCGAGUGGAGGUGGCGGUGCGGGGCACGUGGGGAUCCGUCUGCGCCAGCGAGUGGGACCUGGCCGACGCGCACGUCCUGUGCCGCCAGCUGGGCUGCGGCCGCGCCUUCAGCGUGCCCCCGGGAGGCUCCUUCGGCAGCGGGGAGGGGCCGCUGCGGCCGGACGCCUUCGGCUGCAGCGGGAGCGAGCGGCACCCGGGCGAGUGCCCCGUGGCCGUGCUGGGGAAGCCGCCCUGUGCGCCGGGAAACGCCGCUGCCGUCAACUGCUCAGGCAGUGUCGAGUCCCUGCGGCUGGUGGAAGGUGAGACCCGGUGCGAUGGGUUUCUGGAGAUGGCCGUAAGCACCGGGGCGUGGCACCGUGUACCAGGAGAGGUUUCGCCCGUACGGAAUUUCAGCAAAGUGUGCUGGGAGCUGGGCUGUGGAGGACUGGACAGGACUGAUGCUGUCCAUGGUCAGAUCUACCUGUCGGAUGUCAACACGACGGAGAGGCCCAUGACAGAAAGCGUGAUUCCAACCAUCAUGGACACGACCCCCAAUGCGACCACUGGGACAAUUAGCGAUGAUAAUUUUGGGAAUGAAAGGGAGUUUGUCACGACUGCAGCAGCUGACAUCCCUCAUGGGAGCUACACUGUGUGCUCAGGUGGGUGUUGCGAGAGGGGCUGGAGGUGGCGGUGCCCCAGGCAGCCACCCCAGCCCAUGCCUUGCGUGGCCACAGGCAGCCGGCAGGUGAGGCUGGUGGGGAGCUCUGGGCGCUGUGCCGGGCGCGUGGAGGUCUAUUCCGGUGGCAGCUGGAGCUCCGUGUGCCAGGAAGGCUGGGACCUGCAGGACGCCGCCGUUGUCUGCCGGCAGCUGGGCUGUGGCAGGGCACUGGAGGCGCCGAGCUCGGCGCGCUCGGGCGCCGUCCCGGGGCCGCUGUGGCCGUACAUCCCCGACUGCUCCGGGUCCGAGGAGUCUCUCUGGGAAUGCGGGCGCACGGAACGGCGCCAGUGCGGGCGCGGCGGCGGGGCAGGGGCCGUCUGCUCAGAGCAGCUCUCCGUGCGGCUGGCAGGAGGCCACGGGCGCUGCCGGGGCUACCUGGAGGUGUCCUACAACGGCACCUGGGGCCGCGUGUGCGCCAGCGGCACCAGCAGCGGCACCGCCGCCGCCGUCUGCCGCCAGCUGGGCUGUGGGGACCAGGGCUCGCUCUCACCUGUCCCCUCCCAGCAGCCACCCCUUGCGUGGCUGGCCUGGGUGGGCUGUGAGGACGGGGCCCGCUCGCUCUGGGGGUGCCCCUCGGCCCCCUGGCACCUGCAGAGCUGUGGCACCGACGGGUACGCACAAGUGGAGUGUGAGGAGGACAGUGACGGCACCUCUGAUGGACACAGCGCCCCAUAUCCAGAGGGUGCCACCAGCACAGGUAGCUCUGCCCGUGCCUGCAUCCCCCACAGCGGGCUGGCUGGGAUCCCCCUCCCCUCACUGCCUGCCCGUGUCCCCACAGGUGUCCCCAGCAGAACACCCUCAGCAGUGGCCCUGGGGACUGUGCCUGUGCCCACUGUGCUGUGCGUGGUGCUGGGGACGCUGCUGUGCCUGUCCCUGGGUGCCCUGGCCCUGCUGCUGUGCCGUGCCCGUGCCCGACGCCGAGGCCCUGGCAAAGCUGCAGAUGCCACCUCCAAUGCUAUUUACGAGGAGCUGGAUUACAAAGCCAUGCCAGAGUACCAGGAGGUGCCCACUCCCCCAGGUUCCCUGUCGGAGGGAUGGGUGAAGAAGCUGCCGUAUUACACCGGGGACAGCGUGGAGGGGAGUGACACCGAGGCAGCGCCAGAUCCCCCUGCCCAGCCCGAGCAAGGAAGCCCGGAUGGCUACGACGAUGCCCUGGAUGUGCCACAGGAGGCCCCUGCUCCCAGCACGGGGGACAUCUCUGAGGGAGUGGCACGGCAGAAGUGGAUCUGUGUCCUCCCCACAGGUGGGAUCUCGUCCCCUCCAAGUCACCCAGGAGCCACCAGGGACCCCACGGAUCAGCCCCCUGGGCACAUGGACUAUGAUGAUCACCCCGCGGUGGCAGGGCAGCCGGGCCAUGGCCCCUGCCUGCGGCACGUCGUGCUCCAGGAGGUUCCCGAACUUCGGGGCGGGCUGCAGAGCCCGGAGGGCGUCCAGAUCCUGCAGCAGGGGCUGGCUGAAGCCGUCCGUGCUCAGCCUGGGCGUGCAGGAGGCAAGAGAAGAGGAGAAGGUGCUGGAGCUUGUGGGGAGGGAGGGAGGGAGGGAGGUGCAGCCGCAGCCGCGAUGCCGGUGCGGCCCUGCCUGUCCCGCAGGCUCCGCUGCCCGGCUCGGGAAUGCCGGGCAUGGGAGGGGCCGUGGCAGGGCCCUCACUCACCCGAGGCUCCGCAGCGGGCAGGCGGGAUGCCGGAGCUGCUGGCGGAGCUGCAGGAGGCCGUGGGCUCCCAGCUGGGUGUCACUCAGGCCCAGGCAGGCUCCGGGGAGCUGCGUCUGGUGGGCGGCGGCGGGCGCUGUGCCGGGCGCGUGGAGGUGAAGCACGGCGGUGAGUGGGGCUCCGUGUGCGUCUACGACUACGACGUGGAAGCUCUCUGGGCCGUGGUGGUGUGCCGGCAGCUGGGCUGUGGGCGGGUGGCCAGGGCGUCCCCGUACGCCCCGUUCGGGCAGGGCAGUGGGCGGAUCUGGCUGCAGCCCUUCUACUGCCGAGGGACCGAGGAUACGCUGGAGGAGUGUCCGCACUUCGGAUGGGGACGCCACUUCUGCGGCCACGAGCGGGACGUGGGAGUGACCUGCACAGAUGCCGUGGAGCUGAGGCUGGCGGGCGGCAGCAGUGCCUGUGCUGGGAGGGUGGAAAUGAAGCUGCAGGGACAGUGGGGCUCGGUGGCAGACGACAUCUGGGACAUGGAGGACGCCGAGGUGGUUUGCCAGCAUGUGGGCUGUGGCUCGGCUUCCGGUGCCUACUACGCCCGUGACACCUUCGGUUUAGGUGUUGGGCUCAUCAGCCUGGUCCGGGUGGACUGCAGUGGGAAGGAGGCCACACUCUUGGACUGCACCAUCCGUGGCUGGGGACCCUAUAACAGCAGCAUUCAUGACUUGGACACUGCCGUUUUCUGCCAAGGUAGGAGCUGGGCUUGGGGGGGACGGGGCACUUCCUGCACAUCUCUUGACACUGCUCCUGCAGGGUUCUCCCGGCUAGUCGGAGGUGAUGGAGCCUGUGCCGGGCGUCUGGAGGUGCGUCAGGGCCGGGCCUGGGUCGGUGUCUGUGAGGAUCAGGUGGACAUGAAGGCGGCCCAGGUGGUGUGCAGGGAGCUGGGCUGCGGUGAGGUGCUCGCCAUCCCUAGCCGUGCUGGAUUUGGGAGAGGAUCAGGAUCAUUCUUGGACAGGGGCUUCCAGUGCAAUGGCAGCGAGCCCCUCCUCAGUGCCUGUGCCCGGCGUCCGGCCCACAGGCAGGGCUGCACCGGCCCUGCCAGCGUCACCUGCUCGUCCUACACGGGCUUCCGGCUGGGCAACAGCAGCUCGGGAUGCUCCGGGCGAGUGGAGGUGGCGGUGCGGGGCACGUGGGGAUCCGUCUGCGCCAGCGAGUGGGACCUGGCCGACGCGCACGUCCUGUGCCGCCAGCUGGGCUGCGGCCGCGCCUUCAGCGUGCCCCCGGGAGGCUCCUUCGGCAGCGGGGAGGGGCCGCUGCGGCCGGACGCCUUCGGCUGCAGCGGGAGCGAGCGGCACCCGGGCGAGUGCCCCGUGGCCGUGCUGGGGAAGCCGCCCUGUGCGCCGGGAAACGCCGCCGCCGUCAACUGCUCAGGCAGUGCCGAGUCCCUGCGGCUGGUGGAAGGUGAGACCCGGUGCGAUGGGUUUCUGGAGAUGGCCGUAAGCACCGGGGCGUGGCACCGUGUACCAGGAGAGGUUUCGCCCGUACGGAAUUUCAGCAAAGUGUGCUGGGAGCUGGGCUGUGGAGGACUGGACAGGACUGAUGCUGUCCAUGGUCAGAUCUACCUGUCGGAUGUCAACACGACGGAGAGGCCCAUGACAGAACGGGUGAUUCCAACCAUCAUGGACACGACCCCCAAUGCGACCACUGGGACAAUUAGUGAUGAUAAUUUUGGGAAUGAAAGGGAGUUUGUCACGACUGCACCAGCUGACAUCCCUCAUGGGAGCUACACUGUGUGCUCAGGUGGGUGUUGUGAGAGGGGCCGGAGGUGGCGGUGCCCCAGGCAGCCACCCCAGCCCAUGCCUUGCGUGGCCACAGGCAGCCGGCAGGUGAGGCUGGUGGGGAGCUCUGGGCGCUGUGCCGGGCGCGUGGAGGUCUAUUCCGGUGGCAGCUGGAGCUCCGUGUGCCAGGAAGGCUGGGACCUGCAGGACGCCGCCGUUGUCUGCCGGCAGCUGGGCUGUGGCAGGGCACUGGAGGCGCCGAGCUCGGCGCGCUCGGGCGCCAUCCCGGGGCCGCUGUGGCCGUACAUCCCCGACUGCUCCGGGUCCGAGGAGUCUCUCUGGGAAUGCGGGCGCACGGAACGGCGCCAGUGCGGGCGCGGCGGCGGGGCAGGGGCCGUCUGCUCAGAGCAGCUCUCCGUGCGGCUGGCAGGAGGCCACGGGCGCUGCCGGGGCUACCUGGAGGUGUCCUACAACGGCACCUGGGGCCGCGUGUGCGCCAGCGGCACCAGCAGCGGCACCGCCGCUGCCGUCUGCCGCCAGCUGGGCUGUGGGGACCGGGGCUCGCUCUCGCCUGUCCCCUCCCAGCAGCCAUCCCUUGCGUGGCUGGCCUGGGUGGGCUGUGAGGACGGGGCCCGCUCGCUCUGGGGCUGCCCCUCGGCCCCCUGGCACCUGCAGAGCUGUGGCACCGACGGGUACGCACAAGUGGAGUGUGAGGAGGACAGUGAUGGCACCUCUGAUGGACACAGCGCCCCAUAUCCAGAGGGUGCCACCAGCACAGGUGUUCCCAGCAGAACGCCCUCAGCAGUGGCCCUGGGGACUGUGCCUGUGCCCACUGUGCUGUGCGUGGUGCUGGGGAUGCUGCUGUGCCUGUCCCUGGGUGCCCUGGCCCCGCUGCUGUGCCGUGCCCGUGCCCGACGCCGAGGCACUGGCAAAGCUGCAGAUGCCACCUUCGAUGCUAUUUACGAGGAGCUGGAUUACAAAGCCAUGCCAGAGUCCCAGGAGGUGCCCACUCCCCCAGGUUCCCUGUCGGAGGGAUGGGUGAAGAAGCUGCCGUAUUACACCGGGGACAGCGUGGAGGGGAGUGACACCGAGGCAGCGCCAGAUCCCCCUGCCCAGCCCGAGCAAGGAAGCCCGGAUGGCUACGACGAUGCCCUGGAUGUGCCACAGGAGGCCCCUGCUCCCAGCACGGGGGACAUCUCUGAGGGAGUGGCACGGCAGAAGUGGAUCUGUGUCCUCCCCACAGGUGGGAUCUCGUCCCCUCCAAGUUCCCCAGGAGCCACCAGGGACCCCACGGAUCAGCCCCCUGGGCACAUGGACUAUGAUGAUGUGGGCUGCAGCGCCCUGGGGACACUGCCAUGGCUCCGCUGCCCGGCUCGGGAAUGCCGGGCACGGGAGGGGCCGUGGCAGGGCCCUCACUCACCCGAGGCUCCGCAGCGGGCAGGCGGGAUGCCGGAGCUGCUGGCGGAGCUGCAGGAGGCCGUGGGCUCCCAGCUGGGUGUCACUCAGGCCCAGGCAGGCUCCGGGGAGCUGCGUCUGGUGGGCGGCGGCGGGCGCUGUGCCGGGCGCGUGGAGGUGAAGCACGGCGGUGAGUGGGGCUCCGUGUGCGUCUACGACUACGACGUGGAAGCUCUCUGGGCCGUGGUGGUGUGCCGGCAGCUGGGCUGUGGGCGGGUGGCCAGGGCGUCCCCGUACGCCCCGUUCGGGCAGGGCAGUGGGCGGAUCUGGCUGCAGCCCUUCUACUGCCGAGGGACCGAGGAUACGCUGGAGGAGUGUCCGCACUUCGGAUGGGGACGCCACUUCUGCGGCCACGAGCGGGACGUGGGAGUGACCUGCACAGAUGCCGUGGAGCUGAGGCUGGCGGGCGGCAGCAGUGCCUGUGCUGGGAGGGUGGAAAUGAAGCUGCAGGGACAGUGGGGCUCGGUGGCAGACGACAUCUGGGACAUGGAGGACGCCGAGGUGGUUUGCCAGCAUGUGGGCUGUGGCUCGGCUUCCGGUGCCUACUACGCCCGUGACACCUUCGGUUUAGGUGUUGGGCUCAUCAGCCUGGUCCGGGUGGACUGCAGUGGGAAGGAGGCCACACUCUUGGACUGCACCAUCCGUGGCUGGGGACCCUAUAACAGCAGCAUUCAUGACUUGGACACUGCCGUUUUCUGCCAAGGUAGGAGCUGGGCUUGGGGGGGACGGGGCACUUCCUGCACAUCUCUUGACACUGCUCCUGCAGGGUUCUCCCGGCUAGUCGGAGGUGAUGGAGCCUGUGCCGGGCGUCUGGAGGUGCGUCAGGGCCGGGCCUGGGUCGGUGUCUGUGAGGAUCAGGUGGACAUGAAGGCGGCCCAGGUGGUGUGCAGGGAGCUGGGCUGCGGUGAGGUGCUCGCCAUCCCUAGCCGUGCUGGAUUUGGGAGAGGAUCAGGAUCAUUCUUGGACAGGGGCUUCCAGUGCAAUGGCAGCGAGCCCCUCCUCAGUGCCUGUGCCCGGCGUCCGGCCCACAGGCAGGGCUGCACCGGCCCUGCCAGCGUCACCUGCUCGUCCUACACGGGCUUCCGGCUGGGCAACAGCAGCUCGGGAUGCUCCGGGCGAGUGGAGGUGGCGGUGCGGGGCACGUGGGGAUCCGUCUGCGCCAGCGAGUGGGACCUGGCCGACGCGCACGUCCUGUGCCGCCAGCUGGGCUGCGGCCGCGCCUUCAGCGUGCCCCCGGGAGGCUCCUUCGGCAGCGGGGAGGGGCCGCUGCGGCCGGACGCCUUCGGCUGCAGCGGGAGCGAGCGGCACCCGGGCGAGUGCCCCGUGGCCGUGCUGGGGAAGCCGCCCUGUGCGCCGGGAAACGCCGCCGCCGUCAACUGCUCAGGCAGUGCCGAGUCCCUGCGGCUGGUGGAAGGUGAGACCCGGUGCGAUGGGUUUCUGGAGAUGGCCGUAAGCACCGGGGCGUGGCACCGUGUACCAGGAGAGGUUUCGCCCGUACGGAAUUUCAGCAAAGUGUGCUGGGAGCUGGGCUGUGGAGGACUGGACAGGACUGAUGCUGUCCAUGGUCAGAUCUACCUGUCGGAUGUCAACACGACGGAGAGGCCCAUGACAGAACGGGUGAUUCCAACCAUCAUGGACACGACCCCCAAUGCGACCACUGGGACAAUUAGUGAUGAUAAUUUUGGGAAUGAAAGGGAGUUUGUCACGACUGCACCAGCUGACAUCCCUCAUGGGAGCUACACUGUGUGCUCAGGUGGGUGUUGUGAGAGGGGCCGGAGGUGGCGGUGCCCCAGGCAGCCACCCCAGCCCAUGCCUUGCGUGGCCACAGGCAGCCGGCAGGUGAGGCUGGUGGGGAGCUCUGGGCGCUGUGCCGGGCGCGUGGAGGUCUAUUCCGGUGGCAGCUGGAGCUCCGUGUGCCAGGAAGGCUGGGACCUGCAGGACGCCGCCGUUGUCUGCCGGCAGCUGGGCUGUGGCAGGGCACUGGAGGCGCCGAGCUCGGCGCGCUCGGGCGCCAUCCCGGGGCCGCUGUGGCCGUACAUCCCCGACUGCUCCGGGUCCGAGGAGUCUCUCUGGGAAUGCGGGCGCACGGAACGGCGCCAGUGCGGGCGCGGCGGCGGGGCAGGGGCCGUCUGCUCAGAGCAGCUCUCCGUGCGGCUGGCAGGAGGCCACGGGCGCUGCCGGGGCUACCUGGAGGUGUCCUACAACGGCACCUGGGGCCGCGUGUGCGCCAGCGGCACCAGCAGCGGCACCGCCGCUGCCGUCUGCCGCCAGCUGGGCUGUGGGGACCGGGGCUCGCUCUCGCCUGUCCCCUCCCAGCAGCCAUCCCUUGCGUGGCUGGCCUGGGUGGGCUGUGAGGACGGGGCCCGCUCGCUCUGGGGCUGCCCCUCGGCCCCCUGGCACCUGCAGAGCUGUGGCACCGACGGGUACGCACAAGUGGAGUGUGAGGAGGACAGUGAUGGCACCUCUGAUGGACACAGCGCCCCAUAUCCAGAGGGUGCCACCAGCACAGGUGUUCCCAGCAGAACGCCCUCAGCAGUGGCCCUGGGGACUGUGCCUGUGCCCACUGUGCUGUGCGUGGUGCUGGGGAUGCUGCUGUGCCUGUCCCUGGGUGCCCUGGCCCCGCUGCUGUGCCGUGCCCGUGCCCGACGCCGAGGCACUGGCAAAGCUGCAGAUGCCACCUUCGAUGCUAUUUACGAGGAGCUGGAUUACAAAGCCAUGCCAGAGUCCCAGGAGGUGCCCACUCCCCCAGGUUCCCUGUCGGAGGGAUGGGUGAAGAAGCUGCCGUAUUACACCGGGGACAGCGUGGAGGGGAGUGACACCGAGGCAGCGCCAGAUCCCCCUGCCCAGCCCGAGCAAGGAAGCCCGGAUGGCUACGACGAUGCCCUGGAUGUGCCACAGGAGGCCCCUGCUCCCAGCACGGGGGACAUCUCUGAGGGAGUGGCACGGCAGAAGUGGAUCUGUGUCCUCCCCACAGGUGGGAUCUCGUCCCCUCCAAGUUCCCCAGGAGCCACCAGGGACCCCACGGAUCAGCCCCCUGGGCACAUGGACUAUGAUGAUGUGGGCUGCAGCGCCCUGGGGACACUGCCAUGAGGAUGUCCUGGCCAUGCCACAGCCCUGGGGACACGUGUGUGGCAGUGUGGUGGGGCCCUGCCCAUGGAAGUCAGCCCUUGCUGUCCAGCAUUGCAGGAAAGCAGCUCCUGUGUAGGGAUUUUCUUUGAUUUCAGUGUGAAUUUCCCUUUUUUCCUAUUAAAAUCCAAACUGGUCAGAGACUCA